CGCUAAAAAAUGCCUAAUGAUAAAGGAUUAUGUUGCCCGCAAUGUCAGGAAGUGUCUAAAGACAAAGAAGGAGCAAAGCUGCAUACACGGAUCAAAGAGUCAAUUGUCUUAUUGCGUGUACAAGGUUGUUUCGUCUGUCCAGUUUGCAGUAAGCCCAUCCAAACAAGAGAUGGCAUAACGAAGCAUACAAAUAGACACGGAAAAAAGAAUGAUUCGGGAUUUGUUUGUCCCAUAUGCGGAGAAACACUGAAAUCGGCACUGGAACUGGACCACCAUUUCGAGCUGGCAGAAAGCGAUGCCUCAGAUGACAUUGAGCUGCUAAAGCAAGGAAAGGCGGAGCUUGACCUUGCAACGAAGAAUCCAAUUUUUUCCGACUGUUUUCUCGAGACCAUGGUCCCUUUUUCACUCGAACAUGAAAGUGUAGCUCGAUUUAUAGCUCUAUUAACUCAAAUUGGAGCAAAGCGGACAACCGAAUAUCAGAUCAUUGCCAUCAAUCCCAUCAAGAAGCCAAAGAAGCCUUCUUCCAUAGAGCCAAAGGACUUCAAGUUCCUUUUAUCAUCGCAUCGGUAUGGCCGUCUAAUUGAUAUUGAGCGUUACAAGCCAUUAGAUGCAACAUUAUUUCUUUUAAACUAUGAGGCUUUGAAAUUCGAUAUUGCCAAAAAUCUGGCAGGAGCAGUAAUUCAAACAGGAUUGCAAGCGAUCCUCAUCUUGAAGGCUGAAGUUUAUGGUUGCGAACCAAUGGAGGACCCUCAUUGCUUCGAUCUAUUAAAGCCAACUCUGGAUUUGAAGAAAGUACCUUCAAUUAACCACGACAACACCAAUAAGCUCGUUAUUGGAACCCACACAUGGAGCGCCCUUAUUACGGCUUCAAUUGAAUUGGUUUCAGGAGCCAUUGACGUUGGAGCUAACAACUCCACUGCCUAUAUUGGAGCAUACACCACAAUCUGGGGCCGGGAUGACUGGCAACAAAACCUUUUACUUGAAAGGCAGCUGAGGUCAAAAUUCCAUUGUAAAGCAACGUACUUUCAGAGUGCGUCAAUGUUCUAUUUAUUUGCAAACUGGGCAUGCUACUCUACAACAAUCUUUCGACUGGAGAACUAUUACCAAGGCAGCAGGGUCAUAUCGGGGGUAAAGGCAACUGCAUCGAUAUUUCAUCAGAUUGUGAAUACAAGAUCAAUCAAGCGAAAGCGACUACGAAAGCUACUUCGAAAGCUUGAUAGUCCCAACCAAAGUCAAGAAGCACCUGUUACGAAAAACACCAUAACGGAGCUCCUGGAAUUAAUCCCCUCGAUCAAAAAAAAAAAAAAAAAAAAACUGAAGUUGAUUGACAAUGCUGAGGCUUCUACAAUUUUAGUAAUGUUAGCAAGCGGAUUAUGUGGAGUAAUCCGCGACAUUAACAAAAAACAAACCCUUAAGUAG